UUUGGCCGGAGAGACCGCGGGAAAAUGUCGUAAUUUCCUGUGGCGUAGUGAGGGUGUCCCGGUUGGCGCGCCCGUGUCCAGCUAGCUGUGUGAGAGUGAUGAGUAUGCGAGGACGGCGAGCUCGCCUCCUUCCAACGUUCGUUUUCAGGUAACUUCUGCAGCAGCAGUUGUGAACAACAUGGAGAUGAGUUUCUCAGACGAGAUGUAUAGGGGCCUCGGAGGAAGUCACUGUGACUCUCCUGUUGUUCAUGAUGAGAACUCAGUGGAUAUUUACUCCGGAUUAGACUCUAGUCCUGGAAAUGGUGAACAUACAGACAAAGUGAAUACCCACAUCUCUCCUGGGAAGCUAAAGGAUUCAAUGGAUUUAUAUGAAGAAAUCAUCAAAGAAGAGCAACAGGAAAGAGAAGCUUCGUACAAUGAGCUCAAGACCAAGUUGGAUGCAGCAGAAAAUAAGGUUAAGGAAUUGUUGUGUAAGCUACAGCAAGUACAAGAAAAGAACACCACCUUGCACACGGAGAAUAUACGUCUCAAGAAAAACAUAUGUGCACUUAUUAAAACGGCCAAAAUGGAAAUACUGCGUAAGGACGAGGAGAUCAGCAGGCUGAAUCAAAGGUUUGGUUGUGGCCCUCCUCGAACACAGCACUAUGCUCAGAGACGUCAGAGUACCAGACUGGAUCCUUCAGGGACCUGCGCUUCAUCGGCAGUGGUACAAAUGCAGGAACCAAAAGUUACCUUUCCCUCAAAGGAGCUACAUGAACACCACUCCGAGGACAGAAAUAGUUUUGUUCAGCACCCUAGCCUUUCAUGUAUAGACAGCUCACCUGUAACUGCUACACCACUUCAUAAAGGCAGGUGCAUUAGAACUCACCCUGAAACAAGAAUGUUGCUCCCUGUUUCCAGGGAGGAACCAGCACAGUCUGGCAAAGUAUGCACAGGAAGCACUGACAGACAGCAGAAUAGUACUGUAAUGCAAGAAGAGGUUUCCCAAAACGUCAAAGAUGGGAAACAGCAGGCUACGACUAGAAAAGACCAACUUAAUCAUAUUGAAUUUGGUGGAAACGAGCAAAAACAAAAGGAUCAAGAGGAACUGAACAGAGACCAUAAGGAGCUGGCUAAGGAUUGUACUGAACCUAACAGAAGUAAUCGCCAGCAUCCUGCAAGUAACUUACCUGGAAAGCUAGAGAGGAGUAACAGUCCAUCUCAUCAGAAAAAAUGGAGCCCAACGUCAGAUGCUUUGCAUCGCACAAGUUGUGGUUCUCAUUCGACAAAUGAACGGCACAAGGACUCAAGAGAAAAAAGACAGAGAAGCAGCAGUCAGGAGAGACGGUAUGGCAAAGAUCGGCACAUGGGCGACAGAAGUGUUCCAGGACCAAAGUGCAAGGAUGGGAAGCGGUCUAGCUCUAACCAUGGUAGUUGCGAGAGUGGGGCACGACACUCAUCCAGCCACAGGGGGCAAAGAAGUCCUACGUGGGACCUGCAAAAGAAGGAGAGGUGGCGCAGGGAGGAGGAAAACAGGAGUAGAUUGGAAAGAAGCAGUAAGGCAGAGAAGCGUGAUGAAUAUGAGAGAAGAAAAUGGAAGGAGAGUAGCAAGAGUGGAAAGGACAGGCAUGGAAAGACUGACGGCGAUAAAAAGGUCAGAGAGUCAGCGAGUCGGGGCAGUUUGAGGGAUGAAAAGCGAAACACUCCUUGCAAUGAGCACAGCACCGGGACUGAGAGCUUCAGCAGCUCCAGGAAAGAUUCAGCAGAAGGCUUAACGUCACUCAAUGAGAAGGACCAUGGGAAGAGGAGCGGGACUCUGGAGGCGGAUGUUGUUGAACAUGAAACUGACAAAGAAAAAGUUUCUGAAGUAAACUGCCAGAAUAAAAAGCUGAGUUUCAUGGAAACGCUGAAUCUCACUCUUUCUCCAGUUAAAAAGCCAAGGUUAUGCUCUGAAGGCAAGGAGGCAGAGGACAGAACCCCUAGAGACCUCCAAGAGGGUCAAGAAGAAUAUGAUCAGUAUGACUUUGGGGAGGAUUACUGUGUCAUAGAUGAGGUUAACAGCAGUCAUGAGUUUUUGCAAGAGGAACACAAAAUCAAUAAAAUAUCAGCAGUAUCUCACCCGGUGAACCACGUGUCAGGAAACGCUAAGGAGCCAAAACAGCAGUGUGAUGUCAAAAAGUGUGGAAAAGAAGGUGAACAGGACAGAGUCAGCUCAAAUGGGACAAGCAUAGCAGAAAAACCCAUGUCUGAGUCAGUAAUACUAAACCACAGUGAAGACACAGUUGUCCAAAGCAGAGAAUGCAAACAGUCCAAUGUGUUGGAAAGUCAAGGCUCCAAACCAGCUGCCGCGGCGCAAACGGCACACCAGACAGAUUGUUCUUCAGUUGCUGAGAUAAGGGAUGCUGAUAGUGCUCUAAAAAUCAUACCCUCCAUCGUAAUGGUAGAAAAUGGAGCCAGAGAGCACCUUCUGAAUUCUGUAGUUCAGGUGAACGAAGUUAGAAAUGGUAACGAUGUGAGUGGGUUGGAAAGUGACACUGGUCUUUCUGUGUGCGAGACCCCGCAUGCUGAAUCUUCUCUGACUGUGACCGAAGAUGAUGCGGGAUGUGUGGGGGUUUCUGUUGAUAAUACUAGUGAUAACUGUGGUAAACAGAAUAAUCCACUUCCUGUCCAGUCUGAAGAGUCCCAUGGUGUGUGUGCUUCUGUUGCUGUGGAAAGAAGCACCGAUCACAGGGUCUCGAGGAAAGAGACUUGUGAUACUUCUGCAGAUGACGUGUCCAGCACUGUCAACAUAGAGAUGCUGUCGGAGUGCUGCGAUAAGCCCAUAAAUACUUCUGAGGCCGCAGAAACCGUUGUAAUUUCGACUACAGAGUCUGAAAGUAAUGCUGAAAAGACGGACCUGUGCGACAGCCAGCUGAAGGAAAGCCCUAUGGAGGUUCCCGAAUCAGCUAGUAGUUCCGUCCUUUCGCCUAAGAACUGCUCCGAACCAGAUUCCACCAAAGAUGAGGAGCGAAACCCUGUUCCUUCAAGUUCUGUACUGCUGUACCAGGAUGAAGACUCCAUGAUGCUUACUCUGAAGAACAUCCGUCUCAUCCCAAACGCCAUUAGUCCUCUCACCAGCCCUGUCCGCCCUGUGAAAAGUCAGCCCCUCUCUUCAGGCAAGGCUCCACAUGUCAAAAGUCUUAGUAAAGAUUUUUCCAAUGUGGCUGUAAGGAUGGAUGUAAAUAAGGAGAAUGAGAAGCCCGACUGCAGCGCCACACAAAGGCCACAGAAGGACCAGGCUCCCUCUGUUGCUUUGUCAUCCUCCAGCUCAUCGGAGGAUGAAAAUGAACUGGAGGAGGGAGAGAUUGUGAGCGACAGUGAAGAUGACAGCAACCCGGCUCCUCUUAGUCCUCCACAAAAUAGGGGUAGUUUGUCAAUGGCCGGAAAACAUCAGUCCCGUCCAAGGUCCCCAGCUAAGAGACAAGUCCAGAAGAUGCCAGUGGUUUCUCAGGGAAACUCUGGAACAGGAACUAAAAGUGCAGGCACACCUACUAAGAGCCCCCUCUCAAAAAAAAGACGUUUUAAAACCAUUAUGCCCCUUCUGCCCAAAGCCAGUCCUUCCACAGUCCAUGAAGCCAUGGAAAUGUUCAAGGUGAUUCGCAGUCUGAUGAGGAAAAAGUACAUGAAACUCCACAAAACCUUUCCAAAAAAGUCUUUCUACAAUAUAAUUGACAUGUCUCUGUUUUCCUUUACGGACUUUGUGAAUAAUGCCAACUUCAGUAAAUUGUGCGGCAGGGAGAACAAUCCAAAACCGAAGCUGAAUAAUAUCAUUUCGGUAUGGAUGAAGAAGAUUUCCAAUAAUGGCAUUGUCAAGCGCAUCUUUGAACAGCAGGCACCUAGUUUGAAAAAGAAACUGUGGACUUUUGUAGAAGGUCAGUUUGACUUCUUGUUCAAGGAAAUCAAGAUGGCCUUCACAAAUCUGUGCAAACCUGCGGAGGCGAGACCCUCAUCCAAAACUGAAAGCAAAUUUGGGCGAUCAAGGGAGAAGAAAGAGGUGAGCCCAGCUAAGUCUUCAGUAACUUUGGUCCCAGAGCCUAAUAAGAAAGCAGAACAGGCACCUUCCAAAGCUCAAGGGAAGACUGUGGUACCCAGUGUUGUCCCUUACAGGACAGGUUUGGGUAGCAGGGGUAAAAAUCUAAGAAUUGCUAUGGAACAGAAUGACAAGGUACCAGAAGACAAAAAGCAAGACUUACCUCUGGCCUGUUCCCAAUCUGGUGUCACACCAACAAAAAGUGACAGUAUUACAGAAAAGUCUUGUCUUCGACCGUUCCAUAACACUUCUCUCCCAGAUAAAUCUGAUUUUGAAAUCCUCACUGAGCAGCAGGCAUCCAGCUUGACCUUUAACUUGGUCACAGACUCCCAGAUGGGGGAGAUCUUCAAGUGUCUGUUGCAAGGGUCAGAUCUGCUGGAAAACAGUGUGUCUAUGGGAGAUGUUGCCAACUGGCCUGUCAGUACACCUCGAAAAGACGUUCAGUUUGGGGAGAGCUAUGUGGGCGUGACAUCUCCAAAUAAGAUCAUGACGACACCUUCAAAGCUUGUUACGGCAUGGUCAGCUAUCUCACCGUGCAAGUUUACCUCUCCAAACUCAAAAAUCAGGAUACCUCUGAGCCCAGCAGUGUUUGAUGAAAGCUGCAUGUUGGAGGUUCCCUCAAGCCUAUCUGUCGGUAGAAAUACAUCGUCAUCUGCUACAGUUUCACAAAGGUCCUACUCCAUUUUGGCAGAGGAUCUGGCAGUCUCCCUCACAAUCCCUUCGCCGCUGAAGUCGGACAACCACCUCAGCUUCUUGAACCCGGUGGGUGAAGAAUACAUCUCAGCCCCAGAAAGCAUAAUCAGUGCCCACUUCAGUGAGGAUGCCCUGCUGGAUGGAGAAGACGCUACAGAGCAGGACAUCCAUUUGGCUCUGGACUCUGAUAAUUCCAGCAGUGAGUCUACCGGUGGAGACUCCAGGGAGGCGGAUGCUGUGCCUCAAACAUUUCAGUUCAAACCACAUGUACCCAUGCAGGCAGUGGUGAUGGAGAAGUCAAAUGACCACUUCAUCGUCAGAAUUAGACACACAUCCCCCAGCGCUGCUUCUAGUCCCACUUCCACGGAUGGAACUCGAGGACCAUCAACACCGAAGGCAGCCCAAGAUGUGGUGUCUAAUGAUGAUAAUCGUAAGGAGUCCCAGACUCAAACUGUAUGCAGUUCCAUUGAUGUGGAACGGUUUGACCAAGACAACCUUUGUGAUACCAGUGGUGAACAUUUAUCCCAGGUGGCUGAGAAGGACCCAAAAGGCAACUCCAUGGAAGAACUGAUGGUGUCACAAGACAAAACCACUCCCAAAACUAACCAAAGCACCCUCACAGAAUUCAAGGCCAAGGAUGGUAGUGUCAAAAAAAAAAGGAAGAAACGCCACCCUGAGCAGACAACAAAGAAAGCAAGAACUGAAGUGCUACACGAGCAAACUAAGAAAAAAUCAAAGAAAAAAAUUGAAACGAUAUUUUCACCAAAGGAGAUGUAUAACUCUGUAUCUUCUCCUGAGUCAGCCAACAGUCUGUCUGCUGAGAAUGUUGUUAGAAGAAAAGGAGAGGUGGUGGUGACAUGGACCAGGGAGGAGGACAGACACAUUCUUAUUGAACUGAAGACAAGCGGUGCCUCUCCAGAGACCUUUUCAAAUCUGUCUGCAAAGUUAAAAAAGUCACCGUCGCAGAUUGCUGACAGGUUCUCGCAGCUGAUGAAGUUAUUCAAGAAGAAGGAAAGAAUGAAUUGCUGAGAUGACAAGAGCAGGUCCCAUGUCACAGAAGGGCUGAAGAGCCUGGGAUGUUGCAGUAUUGCAGAUGUAGCCCACUGAAAAUACAGCAGAGGUUUUAUGGAGCAGUUGGGGAACAGAACUGUAGGACAGAUGACCAGCAGAGUCAGCCUGGAUAUCAGUUGAGCCGACUGUUGGCACAGUAAGAAGCGAAGGUAAAAUGCACUUAUACCCUUUGUGGGAGUUUGGCAGUAGGUGGAAUUUCUUCAUCUCACGAAGACCGUUGACCCUUCUCCAGGAUGCAGGUUUGAAUUUCCAGUGGAUGAAAAUAUAUGUAAAUACCAGAAUUCCAGGUUUUUAGGACAUUUUGGAGGUUUUCAUCUAAGUGCAUUUAAAAAGUGUUAAUGUAAGUUAUCACUUUGAAGUCCAACAACCACAUCUACGCUGGUUUCCUGGCCUGAGUAUUUGAGUCUCUCAAUUUUUGUAAAACAAAACUACUAAUAUAAGAAAAUUUGUGUUCAGAGUUCACUUAUAACAGUUAGAGGUACUGACCUUGUAUGGGACUGAUAUUAAUGUUUAAAAAAUGGUUUUUGGAUUACCCUGUUCAGUUGCAGGUGAUGAUUCCAGUCUACCUCAUUAUGUUUGGAAAAAAUUACAGGCAAUUACACUUUGCCUCUAAAAUUACUAAUCUCUAAGCCAUGACACAUUACAGUAUAGGAACAUUAAAAAGGUAAACAUGGUAAACAACUGUUUUCAAGUGAUAUGAGUACAUUGUGAUUUUGUUGAUGACCCUAGUUGUUUGUAUUAUACGAGAGGCCAUAACAAGUACUUCAGAAGAGCAGCUUGCCAGCAGAGAUGCAUCUUUGACAUGAAACAUGCAGAAGUUUGCUUGGAGUGCAUUAAAAACAUUAAGUGCACAUACCGGGAUCUUCUUGUGGACAUCUGACACAAAGCUACUGUGAGAGCAACCAUAUUGUUGCAGUUACAUUCAGUUUGGUUAAAAUUUUCAUUCAUUUCACAAUACUUGAUUUGCACAAUGCAAAUGUGUCCAAUGUGUACAUUUGUACAGAAUUCAAGGAUUAUAUUUUUAUGGAUGAGUUUGUUUUUCUAAAUUUUUGGUAAUGGAGAAGAUUGGU